CUCCAAAGAGGAUAGAGAGUGAGCUACACGAGGUCAUGUCGUCCCUGGAAGCGCGGGUCCAUGGUUCGUCGAGCCCGCAGCGGGCGCUCUCUGCUGAACUGGAGAGCCUGGAGGCCCGCAUCCGUGCCCGGCGCGCCCGGCAUGAGCAACAGCGCGAGUUGUGGAACCUCUCGCUCCGUGAGUACGCCCGCGCCUCGUCGGCGCUACCUCCUGCACGGAGUGUUGGUCGUGGCGGUACAGAGUUCCGCUCCCGACCAGCAAGCUCGCUUCCGCCUCCCGCCCUCCGCGCCGGCGCGGAACGUGGCACGGUGCGGGAAGAGGCGCCGCCGGCCGUGACGGCCUCUGUCCCACCUCCAGAGGCGGCAAUGUGCAUUGGCCGGCCAGUCGGGCCUGGAACGGUCGCUCUUUCACCGCCGCCGGUGGCGCUGGCGGAUGCGAGUGGCUCGCAGACGCGGGUGGCGGCAGUGAUGGCGGCACGGCGGGCGGCGCGCGAGGCUGCUGCGGCCGCAGCGCGCUCGUCAGUCGAGCCCGAGCCCGAGUCGGAGCCUCUGAUCGAGCCAGCGAUGGCGCCUGUGCGGCAAGCACCUCAAAUGGCGCCAGCGUCACCGAUCGCCGCAGUUCCGAGCUCGCCGGGUAUGUGGCGAGUCGAGACGGAACGAGGCGGGCAACGCCCGCGGUCGCAGUCGCCCGGUGGUGAUGCCGAGGCUCUGGUCGAGACCAGCAUGCGGAUGGCUGCAUUACGUGCACAAUCGUCGUCACCCAGUGGCGGACAGGGCUCGGAUGGGGCGCCUGGUGGCGUGGGCACACCUGGAGGCUUUGAGGCUGAGGCAACGCGAUGGUCUAAUCGGACCGGUGCGUACGUGACGACGCCACAUACCCGAGUUGUGGGAGUCACGCCCGACGUGGUGCUUGCAGCAGAGUUGCCGAACGAGCCUGGAGCGAGUUCAGCGCUGCGACCAAACGAUGUGCACAUGUUUGUGGCGUUCAAGGCGACGGUGCACGAGAUGACGCGAGCGGUGCCGCCCAGGUACGAGCGGGUAGCGUGGAAGACCAAGGCAUCGGGCAAGCAUCUAGUGCUGCGCCGCGGAUGGCCGCGGCAGCUUGUACUUCACAUUGCAGAGCGAGGCAUGGGCUCCGACGCGGUGUUUGUCUCGGACGUGCUUGCUGUGUACAUCUCGACGUCGCCGGUAGCGCACUCGGGCGCGCCGCUACCGAUUGUCAAGAGCGAGCCGUCGCCGGAUGGGCGGUACCUCCGCGUCCAUGCCGACUGGCCGCCGGCACUCGACGCAGAGCUUGGACUCGACGAGUUGAGCAGCAAAGGCGAGCGCAAGAUGCUUUUUGCCUUUGUCCACCUCUCGCUCGGGCCGGCGGUCGGCGAAGUGCUCGAGCUGGAGACACCAUUGGUGGCCAAGGUCUACGCGCAGAGCUCCAAGCGAGUCAAGUACAACUGGAAAAAGCCGGCGAGCUACGUGGUGGACCCGUAUGACCGGAUGAUUGCAUCGGAGCAAGUGACGCUCCAGCGAUAUGUUGUGAGCGUGGCGUUUGAUGACGGCUCACCCGAGGGCGGGCGCAUCCGGGCAGUUGCAUGGGACGAGAGCUAGCUAGCCACGCGCGGGGAAGCCGACGUGCAGGGGUAAAGACUCUGACAUUGGUAGA